AUACUCUCAAAGCUCACACGCCAAGUGACAACCUAUCUCUCAUUCUUUCCUAAAACUCAUCAUCUAUUCUUCUUCUUACUCCUUACUAUAACAGAGAUUUAGAUCAUUACAUCCUAUCUCCACCUUACAACCAUGGCUUCUAGGCCUCCUUCAUUAACAUUCUUCCUUGUAGUACUAGUGGCUGCAGCUUUGUAUAUGCCACAGGCCUUCUCAACCUCAAGAACCCCUUUGAUGAACCACCGAUCAUCGAAAACCCCGGUUCGGCUAGGCCUAAAACGCGUCGACGAAGGAGGUAACUUCACUAGGCUUGAACUUCUUCAAAGAGCCAUUAAACGUGGAAAAAAUAGGUUGGAGAGGUUAAGUGCAAUGGUGAAGAAGACUUCAACCACUGAUCAAGUUAUUCAAACUGCAGUACAACCAGGUGAGGGUGAUUUCCUUAUUCAUUUAGAUAUUGGUACUCCACCUGUGAAUUUUGAUGCUAUAAUGGACACUGGAAGUGAUUUAAUAUGGACACAAUGUAAACCCUGCAUAGACUGUUAUCAACAAAGCACUCCAAUUCUUGAUCCAAACACAUCUUCAUCAUUCUCCAAGCUUUCAUGUUCUAGCAAAUUUUGUGAAGCCCUAAGUACUUCUCUGUGCGCCGACGAUGGUUGCGAGUAUCUCUAUGCCUACGGCGAUUCGUCGUCGACACAAGGGGUAAUGGCAACUGAAACCCUAACAUUUGGGGGUAAAACCACUUUCCCUAAUAUAGCUUUUGGGUGUGGGGAGGAUAAUGAAGGAGAUGGGUUUAAGCAAGCACAAGGCCUAGUAGGGCUUGGAAGAGGUCCUUUAUCACUUGUUUCACAAUUAGGGUAUGGAAAAUUUGCUUAUUGCCUUGGAUCCAUUGAUAGCUCAAGUAGUAGUCUUGUUCUUGGGUCUUCUCCUUCCUUAGAUAAAACCAGUGACUCAGUCUUAGCAACUCCAUUGAGUCAAAACCCAUCUCAGCAAACAUUCUAUUACAUAUCACUUGAAGGGAUAACAGUUGGGGAUACUCUCUUACCCAUCUCAAAAACUACAUUUACAAUCAAAGAAGAUGGGAGUGGAGGGAUGAUUGUAGAUUCUGGUACCACAUUGACAUACUUAGAAGAGAGUGGUUAUAAAUUAGUGAAGAAAGCUUUCAUUUCUGGGAUCAAACUUCCUGUAUCCGACAUCGAUGCUGGUCUUGAUUUGUGCUUUGAUAUGCCUAAUGAGGCUGAUAUAGAGGUUCCCAAAUUGAUAUUCCACUUCUCAGGUGCUGAUUUGAAUCUGCCAACUGAAAAUUAUCUAAUGUAUGAUUCUUCCAUGGGAUUACUAUGCUUGAUGAUGGGGCCUUCUAGUGGGUUAUCUGUGUUUGGAAAUGUUCAACAGCAAAAUUUUUUGAUCCUUCAUGAUCUGGACAAGGAGACCAUGUCAUUUGUUCCUCAUCAGUGUGAUUGAGCUUUAGGGUUUACUUUGUUGGUGAGAGAUUUCAUGUUUUAAUGUCUCAGUUGAUUUGCAUUAUCUUAGAGAAUGUAAAUGUGAAAGAGAAGUCUCAUAUAUACUUGGUUAAAUAUGUUUGUAUUGAUUUGUUCCCAUCAUGUAUAGAGGAGCAAGAUAUGAAAUUUAUCUGGUUUUAUA